ACACGUUGCUGCUGAUCGAUUUCAUCAACAAGUUUUCGAGUUUUUUUUUUCUUCAUUCGCCGUGUGCCUCCUUCGAUCGUCGCGAGUUUAUGCUGCUCCGUCUCAAGGACUUUUUCGCUGCCGUUGUCUUCUUAUUCGCGGACGUAAACACCGUGUUUUAGUGCUGAGCGGUGGCUUUUUUUGGUGAAACGGUUUUUAAGUGGUGGUUCCGAGUUUUAAAAAAAUCUGUGGUGAAUUAAUGGAUGCAACUUUUGGGAAGAAGCAUUCAGCAAUUGCCAUCAACAACAGCAACGAAGACGACGACGACCAGGUCGAGGAUGAGCAGCAAGCUGGGAAGGCUGCCGAUGCUGGUCUAGGAAGAAAUCCGUCAAUUCUGUUGGCGCUGGACUCGCUGCAUCGGUCGUUGCUGCUCAAGAACCUCCAGUUCGAUGGCCACCGCCAAGAUGGUAACGCAAACGGCAGCAGCAUGAGUGGAAGUGGCACUUGUUACGAAGACGACGACGACGACGAGGACCACCAUCAGUACCACUGGCGGCCGUCGUCCGCAACGGAAGAGGAGGAAGAUUCGACGCUGACUCCGGCGCAGUUCAGGGAACAUCUGGACGGGAAAACGGCCCAGGACGGCUUCGCGGAGCUCGUAAAGUACCGUCGCGAUCAGAAUAACAACGAAACGCCCGCAAGCCGCGUCAUGAUGAUGGUGGCCAAGUACGAGUCGGGCGGCGGCGGCAAGAUUCCGUCCGGAUCGGCGCGGGUGGACGAAACCGAAACCAGUGACUUUGAAACGGCCAGCAUUAGCAGCUACAGUGGAACGACGGGGGGAAGUGUUCGGACCAGUUCCGUAUUCAGUGAUGAGGGAAGUCGGGAUGGGGCGACCAGUGUCGAGGGUCGUGAAGAGCCGGAGAUUGUGGGCAAGGGCGAAAGUCACGUGGUGACGGCCGGCGGGGCCACCAUCACGAUCAACAUUAUUAGCAAGACUGAGUGCGACGAUUGUGAUAAACCGGCAAAGACGGCGUCAACAGCGACGUCCACGCCGGAGAAGAAGGCUGUGCAGACGCAGAUUCCGGAGUUUACCUCGGACGAGGGUGGUCUGGAUGAGGAGGAGAACGAUCAAGUCGUCGAAGAGAGUCAGCUGUUUUACACGGCUCAGAGUCAGGACUUUCUCGAACUCCAGGAACGCCCAGCGUCAAGCUCGUCCAACUCCUGCUACGACGACAGUUCCGUCGAGGACAUUGACUGCGUUGACGCCGUCAAUCAGCAACACGAAGUCCUCAUCCACGAGCCGCACCACCACCAGCAAUCCGACAUCGACUCCGAAGACCACAUGAUCAACAUCGUCCAAGAGCUGACCGCAGAUUUGCAACUCACCUCCAAGGUCAUCGUGAACAAGGCCAAGCUCAAGCAGCACCGCAAAGUUCGUGCCGAAAAACAGCAGCAGCAACAGCUUCAACAGCAAAAACGCGAAAAGAAGAAGCUCGACAACUCGCACCUCAGCCGGCAGAAGAUCAUCGACGACAACUUUUGUAACGAGAUCCUCGACUCGACGAUUCACUUCGAUCGGUUGUACGGAAUUACGCGCAAAAGCAACUCGGCGGCACUAGUUGAGAGGCGAAGGCAGCAACCGACGGAAGUGCUGAGCGAUUCGGCGCUGCAGAGUCCGCCCUCGUCCGUGGGGGAGGAAUCGUUCGACUCGACCGUGUCCUUUGGGAAGCUGGAGGGACAGCCGCGGUAUUCGGGCCGGCCGAUGGGAAAGCUGAUGGCGCGGCGGCUGAAGAAGAUCGAGCGGCAAACGGGUGGAAAGGAUGAGAGGAGGGAGGUGCAGUGCAGGUCGGAAGGUCAUUCCGACUCGUCCACGUCAAACUACGCCAACGGCCCUAAGAAGCCCCCGCGGACGUUUGCGUCCACCGUUAAAAAGCAACACCCCAAGGUCGGCUGGGUUGACCGGGUCGUUUCAUCCAAGUCUCGCACCACGAAAACAGACUCAGAACGGCCCAGCUGUCCCAAGCUGGAAGAUCUGGACUCGGACCCGGAUCUGAUGGGCUGGAAGUUUGACACGACUAAGAAGAAGAAGGAGCAGCUGAAGCAGGAAAAAUCUCACGAAAUCGGUUGGGAUGUGGCGAAGGAGCGCAAGAACGAGGACGGAAUUCCGCCGCACAUCUACAACAUGCUGCACUACUCGGAGGACGAAACUCAGCGUCGGCUGAUCAAGACGUCCCACUCGCGGGCGGCCCCACAAUCGUCGACGACCUCCUGCUGUCACCACCGGGAGGAAUUGUUGGGUCACAAGCUGGACAUUGACACCGUUGACUUUCCGAUGGAGAGUUCGAGGAGGAAGCGGUUCUCCAACUCGGAGUUUGAAAGGUUUGUGGAAAACUCGAGGAUCAAGAGUACUCCGCGCAGGUCGGCACCGACGGCACUGACGACGAAGCGGACGGAACAGUUUCUGGAGGCGGAGCGAGGUCAGCGGAAGCAACAGGAGCGAAGGUCACAACCGGCGGAGGUUGUGCGAAGAACGACGGAGCGUAGUGAGAAGAAGGUGGAUCGGCGAAGGACGGUGGGAGACUUUUUGGACCACGAGCGAUCGGCUCAUUUUUUAGGCGAUGGCCGGCGUAGUGACCACGACUACGAGAUGGAACAGUCCUCGAAGGUGUGCAGCAAGUGUAACAACGAGAAGGAGAAAAGUUCGUUCAGGAAGGCGGCAGUUCGCAGGACGAAGUCGUUUUUCGAGGCGUCUAAGAAGAAGAUUUUGCUGCCGGGGCUGUUGCAGAAAAACGCAAAGGAGCGGAAUCUGUACGAGACGCCUAAAAAGUACCAGCUGGGAACGAAUCUCAACUCGGCGGAAAGUUCCGUCCAGAAGCAGGUGCACAAACAUUUGGGAUUUACGCCUCCGGCGAAGGAGGAGAAGAUGGUGAAGAACAACAUGGUUCUGACGAAAUCCGCUCCGGGUAGGAUAAGUGGCAAGCCGCAACUCCCGGCACGGACCGUGUUGAACUUUUCCAGCACCACGGAAACCGACGAUGAUCGCGCUAAGCAGCAGAAACCGCACGAGAUGAAGUUCUUGAAGACGCUAAAGAACCUGAAGAUUUCUCCGAAGAAGCUGUUCAAGCCGUCCCAGGAAGAAACUCCCAAGCAUUCUCAACCAGGAACUUCAUCCUCUCCUCGGCAGUACGGGAAUUUCCAAUCGUAUGACGACCUCAACCUGGAUAAUGUCGCCCAAAUGGGAGACUUCCUGAACAACGUUCGCCAAGCAGUCGAAACCGAUGACCACGAUCGCUCCGUGAACCGGUUCUGCGCUGAACGGUACGUCAAAGCAACCAGCUCGACGCCACGCCGACGACCACGCGCCGUGUCCACCAGCAGCGAAUUUCUCGACCACCAUCGGCAAGUCGAAGUCUGCGCCGACCUGCACCGGGAACCAAUCUACCAGGAAAUCUCUCCCAAGAACAACAAAACCCUCAUCAACGAGUUCAUCAGCGGAGAAUCUCCCGAACGGACCAUGGUCAACAACAACGCCCUCUACACAACCGUUAACAAAACCGCCAAAACACAGAUCAAGCCCAAAUCGCUCAACAACUCACAAGACAAUCUCCUCCAAGUUAGCACGUUGAAAAAAAUCAACGCCGAACCAUCACCGUCGACGUCGACGUCGCCCCCAGGACACCACAACACCCGACGAUCGCUGUUUGACGUAGCGGCUGGCAGUGGUUCGAACGAUGGUCCCUCGCCGGGUUCGCCGGAGCAACGCUGUGACAAUGAUGAUAUCUUGGUUUUGCAGGACGACGCUGGCGACCGAGAUACUGACGCAGCGAAUCCCGGACAGCGGAGGAGGCCACGGCGAAGGGCGGAGGUGGUGGAGGAGGUCGUCGUAAAGAAGUGCGUUGCGCGGGUGGAGGGUGCUGGGCGGAGUAGAAUUGUGGAGGAGACGGAGGAGGAGGAGGACGAAGGGUACCGGAAGUUUAGUAGUGAUAUUCAGCCGGGAGAAGGCGAAGACGACUUUGGUGGACGGGAGUUGACGGCGGCGGCGAAGAAGGAUGCGACGCUGGCGUACGUGGAGGAUGUGCUGAGGAAGACGGGUCUGGUGGAGGAGGCCAUCGGGAGGGCGCCACUCGGGUUCAUCGAUACCGAUGAUGAGACCGAAUCCCUCCAGAAGUACGAAGACCGCGGCCUGGACGAGCUGAUCGUAUCGCUGCACGAGCACAUCACCAUCUCGGAGAUUGGGACCAUCGACACGGAAUCGGACGGCGCCGCAUACGUGACCGCAACCGCCACCGGAAUCGACACCGUUGACGCGAUGACGCUUGAAAAAGAGGUUGAUGGUGAUGGGGAGGUUUGUGGGGGUAGCAUCGACACGGACGACGUUUCCGAGCUGAUGAGUGGGCAUGGGGAUGAGGACGCGUAUUCGGUUGGGGUUUCGCCGGUGGAGAGUUCGUCGGCGUCGUCGCCGUCGUCUUCCUCUGGGAAGGGCAGGGUGAAUGGGAGUGGCAUUUAUCGGAGCUUUAAGGAUCGGUUGAGGUCGUCGUUUCGGAAGAGUCGGAACUUUAUCAAGAACGAGCAGCGGAAGAUUGAGAAUUAUUUUGAGACGAAGAGUGGUGGGGGGACUCCGAGGAAGGGGGAGGAAAAGGAUCGGGUGGGGUUUGACGUGAGUGCUUAUGGGAGGAAGUACGCCGAGGAUUCGGAGACGGAGGAGAUUUACCAAUCGCUGAGCAACGAGGGAUCGCUGGUUGAGCUGAGCAACGCUUACCUGGCGGAACUUAUUGGUCAGAUUAAGACGCAGUGCGACACCAAGAAGCAGCUGAAGCAAGCGUUGGGGAUCUGCCGGAACACGCGGGAGUUUGAAUGUUCUUCUGAGCUGAUUGAAGCCGAAAGGUUGUUGCUACUUUCGACGCUGAAAGAAACUGCCGCCCGUAACGAGCUCAGCAAGAUCGAUUACAAUGCAAACGGGAAAGUUCCGAGCGAUUCGAAAAAGGUUGGUGUAGUAGCGUUGAACCACUUUGAGUUCCCGCUGAAGGACGCCGCCGUGCGCGACAUGCUGUUCAACUACUUUUACGUGGUGGUGUGUUCGUACAAGAACCAGGUAAAGGCUACGCUGGCGAAGGAACGCAGCGAAGAUCGCGUGUACUUCCGGAACUGUGAGAUCAAAUUCCUGGAGCUGGACGCCGACUACGAGAUUCGGGUGGAGGUGUUUGUGCUGAGAUUGAGGAAGAAUGCCAAGAACUACAGCUUCGAGAGCAAGUAUCACCUGAAAAAGGAAAAUAAGAACAUCCUCGGCGCCUGUCCGAGCCCUCCAAAGCUCCUCAGUCCGUCGAAGCUACUCUCACUCAACCGGUCCGGCUCGCCCAAGAACUUCGACUACGACAACGAGUUCAGCCGCUUCAAAUCGCAAGGCUUCAUCACGCUGACCUCGUUCAGCCUGCUCCCCUCGAAGGGCCACCCCUCGCCGAGCGACCAGCUGGCGGAACAGUUCCGCCACUCGCCCUACUACUCCGCGUCCAACAACUUCCAGCAGAUGGUCCGCCGACGGGACGACCAGAAUCUAGUCUACCUCGUCGAAGACUUCAAAUACCUUCCGCUCGACUCGAUGGCGUACAGCUCGAACCUGCUCGGAAGCCUCGGCAUGAGCAUCAAGAGCGAGAUCGUCUUUGUCGACUCGGACAUGAGCGGCUUCCUGACGGUGGGGGAAAACGGCCGGAACGGCCGCACGGAUUGGAACCGGCGCUGGUGCCGCGUGAACGGUUUCGUGAUGGAGUUUUGGAACUACCCGCAAGAGUGCCAGGAGAAGCUUCCAACGCUCCAAAUCGACCUGGCCAAGUGCCUGGACGACGAGGUGACCCCGGCCGACCGCGCCACCUGCUCCCGGCCGCGCACCUUCCGGCUGGACGUGUUCGUCAAGGGCACGGGCAGCUGCAGCAGCAGCGGCAUCGGCAGCUACAAGGACUCGGAUUCGGCCCACCAGCAGCAGCAGCACCAUCAGGCCCACAACGGCAGCGACAGUGGCCACAGCCACGAUCUUCAUCAGCAGCAGAAAGAGCAGCAGCAGCAGCAAAAUCAGCAAGUAUGUGAUAACACUAAGAACUACCUACUCUCGGCCGACACGAACAACGAGCUCAAAGCGUGGCUCAACGAACUCAAUCGGGUGGUGAAAUUUUUAAAAGAGUGGAAAAUUUAGAUUUAGAAACGCGGCGCGUGUGCAAUAUAAAAUAGCUUAAACGGAAUUGCCAGCAAGCAGAAACAAAUGUGGAUUUUAAGUCAUCGCGUAAGAAUUUUUAAGCAAACGAACGAAUCUCAAAGCCGUUUCUUGUUGUAUAGUAUAGUAAAAUUGCAAUAAGUGCCUUUCAUUCCUAACGACAGAUUUCGACAGGAUCGGACCGGGAAAAGGCAAACUUUUCCUCGUGUCCCGAGUCCGACCACCGAACGAGUAACACCCUUUUCGGGGGCAAUAGCUAGUAGACGUAUAGGGUAAUUUUUAUUCUAUAGUUUUUAAAAACAGAAAUGCAUUCCACAAAACCAGAAUUACAUGAGCAAAAAUAAAAAAAAACACUAACAAAUAUACAUUCCAAUUGUAAAGAAAAACGUGCCUCCCUGUCAAGACAAGAAAUUAUUUUUCACUGAUCCGUUUCGAUUUUGAUGAAACAUAACAAUUAGUAGCCGAACAAAAGACUUGAAAUUUACUAACAACACGAGCAAAAAAAUUAAUCCAUCUCAAAUCGAAAUGAUCUCAUUGGAAUUGUUUAAAAAAGGCAGCGUACGCUGAAUGCCAUAAAGAUGCAAAAAAAAGAAGCAGACAUUUUUUUACUCGGUUUAAGAUUAAGGUAAUUGCUGGUAGCUAGUAACGGAAGCAAGAAUUCUAAAAAUCAAACAUUAGCUAGAAACAGUGGGCAGCUCUAGUUUAGAAAAGUCUAGUUGGUAAAACAAAUUGAACUUGAAGUGACGACCACCGAAAUUUCGACUCUUCGUGAUUAAAUGUUUUCAAUAAAACAAAUAUUCAAAAUAUUGCUGUUAAAA